CCAGGUCGGUCAGCUGCAGGGAGCCGAAGCACAGAGAGUCCCGUAGUCCACCGGCUCACCUGGGACCAAUGGUCAGGCCAGGCUGCCCAGUCAUUCUGAUCCACCUCUUCAGCAUCUUUGUGCAGUCAGGAGCUCGUACUCGGGAAAUCCUGUAUCCAUAUGGACCCAACCACAGGGAUCUAGAAACCCCAAAGAUGGAUGAUGGGAGUUCUCCUGAAAUUACUUUAAGCACUAAUUUCGUUUUCUUCAAUGCACCAUACCGUAUCAUCUAUAUCAACAACAAUGGUGUGAUCUCCUUCAACGUGCAGGUUAGCCAGUUCACACCGGAGGCUUUCCCUCUGAGCGACAGCAGAUCCUUCAUUGCUCCACUUUGGGCCGAUGUGCACAACGGCAUCCGAGGAGAUGUGUACUACCGAGAGACCACUGAGCCGGAAAUACUGGAAAGGGCUACACAAGAUAUUCGGAGAUACUUUAAAAAGAUGCCCGCGUUUACAGCCACCUGGGCCUUUAUUACAACAUGGCACCAAGUCACCUUCUAUGGAGGAAGCCAGACAACCCCGGUAAACGUUCCUACAUUCCACGACCUGCAGGAAGACAUUCUGAGCAAGCUUGCUGAUAUCCUAGAGGAGACGCAUUAUGGAGAUGGAGAAUACAUCAUCAGACAGGGGGCCAGAGGAGACACCUUCUUCAUCAUCAGUAAGGGAAAGGUUAAUGUGACCAGGGAAGACGUGCCCAAUGGAGAGCCUGUCUACCUGCGCAGCCUGGGGAAAGGAGACUGGUUUGGAGAGAAAGCAUUGCAAGGGGAGGAUGUCAGGACGGCCAACGUCAUCGCAGCAGAGGCAGUCACCUGUCUAGUCAUCGAUAGAGAUUCGUUCAAGCACCUGAUUGGAGGUUUUGAGGACGUGUCCAAACAAGGCCACGAGGAUGCCGAUGCCAAAGCAAAGUAUGAAGCAGAGAAUGCGUUCUUCUUCAACCUCAACUUAGCUGACUUUAACAUCAUCGACACUCUGGGAGUUGGUGGCUUUGGUCGUGUUGAGCUGGUUCAGCUCAAGAGCGAUGAGAACAAAACCUUUGCCAUGAAGAUCCUGAAGAAGCGACACAUUGUCGACACAAGACAGCAGGAGCACAUUCGCUCAGAGAAACUCAUCAUGCAGGAGGCGCACUCUGACUUCAUUGUUAGACUCUAUAGGACGUUCAAGGACAGCAAGUACCUCUACAUGUUGAUGGAGGCUUGUUUAGGGGGAGAGCUGUGGACAAUACUUAGAGACCGGGGUUCAUUUGAGGACUCAACCACCAGGUUUUACACAGGGUGUGUGGUGGAGGCCUUCGCUUACCUACAUUCCAAAGGAAUAAUCUACAGAGACCUCAAACCAGAGAACCUUAUUUUGGACCACAGGGGAUAUGCCAAACUGGUCGACUUUGGCUUUGCCAAGAAGAUCGGGUUUGGGAAGAAGACGUGGACCUUCUGUGGGACACCAGAGUAUGUAGCACCAGAGAUCAUUCUCAACAAAGGCCACGACAUCUCAGCCGACUACUGGUCGCUAGGCAUCCUCAUGUUUGAGCUCCUAACUGGCAGCCCUCCAUUCUCUGGUCCUGACCCUAUGAAAACGUACAACAUCAUCCUGAGAGGCAUCGACAUGAUCGAAUUUCCAAAGAAAAUUACCAAAAACGCUGGCAACUUAAUUAAAAAGCUAUGCAGGGAUAAUCCCUCUGAACGACUGGGAAACUUGAAAAAUGGUGUCAAAGACAUCCAGAAGCACAAAUGGUUUGAAGGCUUUAACUGGGAGGGCUUGAAGAAGGGGACAUUGACGCCUCCUAUUAUCCCCAACCUCACAUCAGCAGUUGACACAAGUAACUUCGACAACUUCCCAGAGGACAACGAGGACCCGCCUCCUGAUGACAACUCUGGCUGGGAUGUUGAUUUUUGAAAUCCGCUUCUCAACUUAAAACCAAAAGAAACUCUUCUUUUGUUGGCUUGGAGGCCAUCUUGGGGAUACGGAUGUGUUGUAAAAAAAACUGCUAUAAAAAGAGAGGAUUUGGAGAAGAAGAUAGACAGAUGGAUGGAAAACCCUCUGGGUCACCAAUAUGCCUUUAUUUCACUGUGGCUCUGGAUCAAGCAUUUAUAUUGGGACUGCUGUAGCACUUCUUCAGUGUUGUCUUACACUCUGCUCUGAAGGCAAAGGAAAAGAAAGUGCAGGGAUACACAUAAACACACGACACAACAGAGGCUGAUAAUGGAGCCAGGUUUUCUCAUGUAACAGGGAAUUAUGUUCAAUGGGUGGAUGAUUGUUCCAUAGUUUGUCUAAGUUUUGGUUCUAGGGUCAAUAACAGUGAAAAAUGUGGACUGCGCAAAAAAACAGAAAACGCUGAUGAUGAUUUUUUUGUGUUGGUAUCUUCGCAAUAUUUGGUGAAAUGUUUGAAGGACAUUGGAUGGGUUUAGGAUGUUACUUCUGGACAUGCAGCUGCUUUCUGCAGACUCCGAUAAUUUCCAGAGAUCUACACACUACAGUUUGCAAGUAAAACUGUAUCAAGUGCCCAAGACUAACCUGAAUGUCACAUUUCCCUCUUAUUUGAAGUCCAUAAGGCAUGCACGGUACAUAGUAUUUGAAUUAAGAAAAUACACUUCGCCACAACAAAAUCAAAUACUUAGUACACUUUAUAUAAGAUACCUUGAAAAGCACAAACACUGUGCCUUGAGUGGAAAGAGACGUGAAUCUUAAAAGUGCCCUCCUUAAAAUGUAAUGAAUCACACACCGACAAACACGAAAUGUCAGCUAGUAUUUCCAUGAAGCAAUGUGUCAUUAUGCACUUAAGACCAUUAACUGGGAAAAUUAGCAGUUACAGCUCAUUUUAAGCUUCAGUAGAUGGUGCCACACCUAUUUUCUUUAAUACGCUUUUAAUUUACACGUAUAAAUGCGUCUCUGCCUACAUACUUCUUAAGUUUGUUCUGAAAUCACCCAAAUGCCUCGUCAUCUUUUCGCCUCUGUAUAGUUCUGACACAACUGUGAACAUGGUUUCAAUGUCUUUGGUGCUGUUAUUGAUACAUUAUAAUAAGAGAUGGUGAGGUGACAGUACUGGUUAUUGUUUUUGUAAAGUGAUUCUUUUGUGCCUGUUUUCUUUGUAACGUAUACUUGACUUUGUUCUUUAGACAAAUUGGAGAUUUGUGUGCAAUUGUAAACUCGAUUGAGGCUUUAUUUGACCUCACUUGACACCAUGUUACAUUGUGCUAAGUGGUAUUCCCGAGUGCUUUUUUACAAACAGGUUAAGUUAAAGCUUAAAUUAAUCAUCCUUGUCUUUGGAGGCAUUAAACACAUUCACAUUAUCUUAAGACUAUCUUGACUUAACAUCAUCUAAUAGAUAUUUUAAAAGCGAAAAAAUUAAAAGGAGAUUAUAUUCUGUGAAACUCACAACUUCGACCAUUGGCGCCAUGAUCUCUCACCCUGCUCAUCAUCCCUCAUGUCCAAAGAUCAGAAAAAAUGUAAGUGCCUUAAAUCAAUGGCAUACAAAUUUAACAUCACAAGUCCUUUUCGAUGCUGCAUGAAAACAUUUACACCUCAAAAACGUCUGUUUCCUCUUAGAUGGCUGCUUCUCAUCCUUUUUCAUAUCUAAUAAAUACAUUAAUCACCAUGAAAAGAGAAUUUUUAGUCAUUUGAUAGCUGACAUGAAAUUAAUUUCCUGCUUACCCCUUGUGGUAUAUCUCACAGGAACAUUCAUUAAAAGUGAGAUGAUAAUAAUCUAUCAUACCUGAUAUGUCUGCAAUGAAAUGCUUUUCUCUACAUGUCUAAAAUGGUCUUAAGUAAACCACAGCUGGCCUGAGAUAAAGUGAAGUAUAAAUCCUGGAUCAGAGAGACAUCCAUCACCUGUUUCAGUCAUGAAAUGUGAGCAUGCAGCAAUGGCGUGAAUGAUUUGCAGUUUUGAACAUUUCACAGCUUGGUAAACAGUAUUACUCUUUACCACUGUUGACAAUCUUUGACGGUAUGAUAGCAUUGAUCAUAAUGUAUCAACAUUGUUAAAAUGAUCACUGUUUCUCUCAUAUUUCAUGAAGCCAAACAGACCCACACAUUUCACUUUCAUAAAUCAUUGAAUGAAGACAUCUUAGAUCUGUGGGCAUACCAUGAGUAUUUUCUGUUGCUGUAUUAAGGGCGGGUCAUGUUUAUCACAAAGCCUUAUGUAUGCCAUCACUUCACAAACCACUGGUUUUGAGUCUUAUAUUGACCGCCUUCUGCAAUGUUACCUGAUAUUUGCCUUGUGUUAUGUUGUUUAUCUGCUGUAAAUGAGUUUUGCAGAGUGCCACCUGUAAGAUUUUUAAAAUUAUAGAGUAAAAACAAUACUUUUGA